AUGCGCGAACAACUCCCUCUUCCCACCCAACCUCCCUACACUGCUCACCUCGCCAACCUAUCUUUUGAUGCCACACAAGGCGAUGUGAGUGAUUUCUUCAAAGACUGCGAGGUGACCAAUGUCCGCAUCGUGGAAGACAAGCUGGAUCGCAAGCCCAAGGGUUUCGGUUAUGUUGAAUUUGCAACGGUGGACGGGCUCAAGGCUGCAUUGGCUCUUAGCGGCAGCAAUUUGGCGGGCCGGCAGGUUCGCGUCAGUGUUGCCGAACCACCAAAAGAGCGACAAGACACUCGGGACUUCAGCGACUGGUCGAGGAAAGGGCCCCUUCCAGAUCUGCCGAACCAACGUCGAGUCUCCGACAGACCCGGGGGCUACGGCGGAAGGACCUUUACCAACGACAACGCGUCUGAUGCUGGAAGUGAACGGGGCAACCGACGAGCGUUCGGAGGCGACGACGGUAAGGUCAGAGACUUUGGUAAUUGGGAGAGAAAAGGACCACUGUCUCCUGUCACUCCUGGCCCAACCUCCCUCCGAGAGGGUGGCCGCCAGGGAAGCAAGGAAGGCUAUAAUUUCCGCAAGAACUCGCCUUCUUGGGGCGAAGGGAGGUCUCAAGAUGGAUCUCGACCUCCGCGCCGCGAUUUCACCGAACGUCCACCUCCUGAACGGCAGCCUACUGCAUCUGAGCUCGAUAGCCAGUGGCGCUCCCGAAUGAGGCCAGACGCUCCCAAAGUGCCCACUCCCGAAGCCAGUGAGCCGUCGUCUCCUGCUCCUCCUUCAGCUCCGGCUACGCGGCCGAAACUCAACCUCCAGAAGAGAACUGUCUCCGAAGCCGAUCCAACUGCUUCGCCGGGCCACGCUUCAGACUCAAAAGCAAGCCCAUUUGGUGCUGCCCGGCCGGUCGACACCGCGGCCAAGGAAAAGGAAGUCGAAGAAAAGCGACAGCUUGCUAUUCGACAGAGAAAGGAAGCUGAAGACAAGGCCAAGGCCGAAAAGGCCGAGGAGAAGCGGUUGGCAAGGGAGAAGUCCGGCCCCGAGAAGGAGAAAGCCAAGGAUGUUCCCACCAAAGAAAGCAUGGAGCCCAAUGAACGGAAUGAACCAGGUGCUGAAGAUGAGGGCAGCGAAGAAGCUGCACAACCCACACCCAAGUUUGACAUUUUGCGAAGAGCUGAUUCCGGGACGAACGAUAUGGUUGCUGAUGAGGACAACGAUGACAAUGAAGAGCAGGUACAACCGACUGACGACAAAGCAGUGAAGCCCAAGGAGAUUGUACGAACGCCGACAGCUGGCAAGGCCAAUGGCUCCUGGAGAAACGGCGCAGCGACCCAGGCCCCUGCCAAGAGCACGGCGGCAGAAAUCGAAGAGGAUGGCUGGAGCACCGUCUCGAAACCCAAGAAGCAGAGCAACCGCCGAUAUGCACCGGCUAGAGCAGCUGCCUCUUGA